AUGAUUCAGUCAACCAACACCAAUGUCUGCCUCCUUGUCACCUGGCUUCACGUGGCUCCCUUAAUGGAAGAUGGUGAGAAGAAGGACUGUUCUUCCAUCAGUGAGGUAGUGACCAGAGAAUACACCAUCAACAUUCAUAAGCACAUUCGUGGAGUGGGUUUCAAGAAGUGUGCCCCUCGUGCACUCAAAGAGAUCUGGAAAUUUGCCAUGAAGGAGAUGGGAACUCUAGAUAUGCACAUUGACACCAGCCUCAACAAAGCUGUGUGGGCCAAAGGAAUAGGGAAUGUCCCAUUCUGGAUCCUUGUGUGGUUGUUUAGAAAAGGUAACGAGGAUGAAAACUCACCAAACAAGCUCCAUACAUUCGUUACCCAUGUACUUGUCACCACUUUCAAAAAUCUACAAGUUAAUAGAGAUGAGAACUAA